AUCUGAGUCAACAGCACGGAUAUUUUUGCAUCAUCCUGUUGUUUUCAGCACACAGACACCUGUCACUCCUCUGGGGAUUGAAGGCAAGCACUGCUUGAUCAAAAACAACCCUGACUAUUGCAGUAACAGCAGAUUACCUCUGACAUGAUAUUGCUCGGAUAAGCACACCUGUGAGACAGGGAUUACACAGCAGAGCAUGCCGUAUGGUUUGGUGAAGUCCUUUCUGGUGAGCAUUUCUCGGAGGAAGCCCCUGGAGCCUGAUGGGGAAGAGUCCACGUUUAACCGAUGCCUGACCACUCUGGACCUGGUGGCCCUUGGUGUGGGGAGCACUUUGGGGGCCGGGGUCUAUGUCCUGUCUGGAGAGGUAGCUAGAGACACGGCUGGACCCAGCAUCAUCAUUUCUUUCUUCAUAGCUGCUCUUGCGUCCAUAUUUGCCGGGUUGUGCUAUGCAGAGUUUGGGUCCCGGGUUCCUAAAACUGGCUCAGCUUAUUUGUACAGCUAUGUGACUGUUGGAGAGCUGCUGGCUUUUAUCACUGGGUGGAAUCUGCUGCUCUCUUAUGUCAUAGGGACAUCUAGUGUUGCACUGGCAUGGAGUGGGACUUUUGAUGACCUCAUAGGGGGUGUCAUAGCCAAGUUUUUUGAGGAAAAUGCACCCAUGGGCCUAACUGGCCUGGCACCUUACCCAGAUGUCUUUGCUGCUGCUCUGGUCCUUCUACUGUCAGGUGUUCUGGCUUUUGGAGUGAAAGAGUCAACAACAAUCAACAAGAUCUUCACAGCAGUCAACAUCCUGGUGCUAGUGUUUGUGACCAUCUCUGGAUUCAUCAUGGGAGACCUCGACAACUGGCAGAUCACUAAGGAGGAGCUGGUGAACGCCACCGUAGAACUCAAUAAUUUUAGCUCCAGUGUCAAUGUGACCAGUGCAUAUGGAGAAGGUGGAUUUUUCCCGUUUGGCUUUGGUGGAACGCUGGCUGGAGCAGCAACAUGUUUCUAUGCCUUUGUUGGAUUUGACUGCAUUGCUACAACAGGUGAGGAGGUGAAGAACCCUCAGAAAUCUAUCCCUAUCGGCAUCGUAGUCUCUCUUCUCAUUUGUUUCGUGGCUUACUUCGCUGUGUCUGCCGGUCUCACGCUGAUGAUGCCCUACUACUUGCUCAAUGAAAAAAGCCCCCUGCCUGUUGCUUUUGAUUAUGUCGGCUGGGGUCCCGCCAGAUACGUUGUGGCUGUGGGAUCACUUUGUGCCUUAUCCACCAGCCUUUUGGGUUCAAUGUUCCCGAUGCCCCGUGUGCUGUUCGCCAUGGCGAGAGAUGGCCUGCUUUUCACACCCCUGACCAAAGUGACCUCCAAGGGCAGUCCUGCUGUCGCUACCAUUUCAUCAGGCAUUGUUGCAGCUAUCAUGGCUCUGUUGUUUGACCUGGAAGCUUUGGUGGAAAUGAUGUCCAUUGGAACUUUGUUUGCUUACACACUUGUGGCAAUAUGCAUCUUAAUACUUAGGUACCAAGAGUCUCCAUCUGACCCAGACAGCGAUUUAAAAGUCAUUGAAUCAAAGAAGUCCAGCAUCCUUAAGCCUCCAUCCUUGCCAAAUUCAUCUACGUCAAGGACAGCCACACUUCUUACUGUUUUCACUGUUGCAUGUGUGGUUGCACUGUGUGUCACUCUGAGCCAAGCCAUAGAUGCUCUGUCUCGAGGGGAAGCAUGGAGCAUAGCAAUUAUCUGCAUCUUAGUCGUCAUCGUGUUGGUCAACAGUAUUAUCAUCUGGAGGCAACCACAAAAUCCCACCAAGGCAUCUUUCAUGGUGCCCUUAGUCCCUGCAUUGCCUAUAGUUAGCGUAUUCAUCAACGUAUACCUGAUGGUCCAGUUAGGCUCAGACACAUGGAUAAGAUACGCUAUUUGGAUGUUCGUGGGGUUGGUCAUCUAUUUUGGCUACGGUCUAUGGUUCAGUGUUCAAGGAGGGCGUCGCAGGGCUGGCCACAUGAACACACACAUUGACACUAUCAGCGAAAAAACAGAUAGGAAAGUCAUUAAUGAGGAAAGAUUCUGAGCUGGACUGUAGUCGAGAGAAAAUGAUUGAGAUGUUUCAGUAAGUAACUACUUUAAGUGUGUUCUGUUUGAAAUAUGCUGAAAUGCAGAAACAAGGACACAUAAGCCAACACCUUAACUUUUAAUCCACGCUGACACUAUACGAUAUGUUGGUGGAGUUUGUGACUUAUCUAAAUAUUUUCAUUGCCACUUUAAAUGAUGCCGACCUUAUUUCUGACUUGUAUAUGUUAAUGUCAGAAUUGUGUCUCAGAACCUUAAAAAUAUAGUUCAGGUUUUUUGAAGUGGGGUUGUAUGAGGCACUUAACUGUAGUGAGUACAGUACCUACAGAAGAAAACAGUCAGUGUGCCCUAGCUCUCACCCAGAGUUCUUACAUCCAAGCUGAAAAAUGAAGCCGGAGGUGCAAAAAACUGCAGUUCCUUGAGUGGCUGGCCCCUAAAUCCAAGUUAUCCCCAUUAGACCCUAUAUUAAAAUGCCCAAAUUUUAUUGAUUGCAACAAUUGCAGUAUGUUUAACUGCUGCUAAACAUUUAUGAACAUAAUGUGCUCAGAUUCAGUCUCAAUGAUUUCCUGUUCACAAACAAGAAGAGAACUUACACUGCUAACUAGCGUUUAGGCAGAGUAUUGCACAGCAGCGUGGACACUUGAACACACAAGUAUGUGGUGCUCAGGUCAACGUUUAUGUAACUGCACUACACCCCUCUGUUCCCCACAUCAGAAACCUAGAAGUGUCCCUUUAAUUCUCCUUUUAGUUUACACUAAUGUUGUAAAAAAAAAAGGGGGGGGGUCGGUCUAUUUCCUGUUGAUGAAUAAACACCUGAAUGACAAGUGUAUACCUUGAAUAUCAAUUGUAAAAUGUUAAAAACAUGUUGUAAUUUUCUACAUUUCUAGCAAAAUGUGAUUAUGGAAAACAAGUGUUAUGUUUUUUAAAUAUAGAGUUAGACUGUACAAAAGUAUUUACACUGUAAAAAGAGCAAUGUCACACUUUUUGCUCUCAGCCUGUUUAAAGAUUUACUCUCCUGAUUAUUUGGUGUGUCAAUGUAAAUACAGAGACUGUACAUGUUUUCUAAUUCAAUAUUGUAAAUAUAUUUCUUAAUUAAAAAGGCUACUACAAUGA